AUGUCGAGACCAUUCGGAUCGUCCAAAAAAGAGCAUUCUCAACAUGCCACACAACCGCCUGCCAAUCCAGCCGAUCCCUCUAACUGGGGCGAUAUUGAAUACAACAGAAUCAUAGAUGCUGUAAAGAAAGUCUACAGACAGAAAAUCAAACCUUUAGAAACCACUUAUAAUUUUGAAGGCUUUCAUUCUGCUCCUUUGACAGACUCAGAUAUUGAAGCUAAGCCGAUGGUCCUCUUAAUUGGUCAAUAUUCUACCGGUAAAACUACUUUCGUACGUUAUUUGUUAGAUAAACGCUAUCCAGGUGAACAUAUCGGUGUCGAACCUACCACGGAUAGAUUUUUGGCUGUCAUGAACGGCCCUGAGGACCGUGUCAUUCCUGGUAAUGCAGCUGCUGUAAACCAAGAGUUACCUUUCCGUGGUUUGAAUGCUUUCGGCCAAGCUUUUCUGUCCAGAUUUCAGGUGUCGCAAACUCCUUCACCUGUAUUAGAAAACAUGACCAUUAUUGACACACCUGGUAUUCUUGCCGGCGACAAACAAAGAAUUGAACGUGGUUACGAUUUCAUCCAAGUCACUGAAUGGUUUGCUCAGCGUGCCGACCUUAUUUUAUUGAUGUUUGAUUCUUAUAAAUUGGAUAUCUCCAAUGAAUUCAAGAUGGCCAUUCAAUGUUUAAGAGGCCAAGAAGAAAAGAUUCGCGUCAUUCUGAAUAAGAGUGAUAUGGUUAGCCAGCAACAAUUGAUGCGUGUUUAUGGUGCUAUGAUGUGGUCUUUGGGUAAAGUCGUGCAAACUCCAGAAGUGAUGCGAGUCUAUUUAAGUUCCUUCUGGACAGAAAAGCCCCCGAACAGUUUCGAAGAUUGCCGUGAUUUGAUCGAAGCCGAAUCGAAGGAUUUAUUAAGAGAUUUGAAAGAAUUGCGAAGAAAUGCAGCUAUUAGAAAAGUGAAUGAGAUUGUAAAAAGAGCGCGUUUGGCAAAGGUUCAUGCAUUGAUCAUCAGUCAUCUCAAGAAAGAAAUGCCUUCCAUGUUUGGUAAGAAGAAGGCACAAGGAAAGUUACUCGCUAAUUUGCCCCAAGAAUUUAUCAAAAUUCAAAACAAGUACCAUUUGCCCGCUGGAGACUUUCCUAAUCCUGAACGAUUCCGUCAAAAUCUUGCACUUUACGACAUGGAUAAGUUCAAAUCUCUCAAAGAAGAUCUAUUAGCAAACGUGGAGGAAGCUUUGUCCGUGGAUCUGCCCAAGAUAUUGUCGAGAUUUCCUACCUCGAAUCCCGAACUCGCCAAAACGCAACUCAACCCUUUCGACAAUAUGCAAGACACCAGCCCUGAUCAAGUCAUCAACGGUCAGCUACCACCUUCCUUCUGGGAUUACAAUAAUUUGGACAAAAACUCUUUCCUGCCUCAGUUUAUGAGUUUGCAUCCUCGUGACGGUUUAGUAUCGGGUGCUCAGAUCAAGCCUAUUCUCAUGAAGAGUGGCCUACCCAAUGAUAUGCUGGCUCAAAUUUGGCGUUUGGCUGAUUGGGACAAUGAUGGCUAUAUGGAUAUUGAUCAAUUUGGCGUUGCCUUACAUUUGAUUAAGGCUGUGGAAUUGGGUGCUCAACUACCCGAAAAACUACCCCCUUCUAUCAUUCCUAAUCGUAAAAUCUAA